CCAAGUCUGUCCACCCUGUUCACCCACAUCCUCCAUGAAACCAUGAACAUCAAGUGCUCAAGCUCAAGCUCAAGCUCAAGCUCAAUACCUUCUCAUGAAGACCAAGAAACCAACAACAAUGACAACUGCUUCAACACAUCUCUCAGUGAACUGAGAGCCUUGAGUUCUCAACUUCUCCAUGCUGCAGAUCAAUGUGAGACUGCAUUUCUCAAGUCCAAACACAAGAAAAAGUUGUUGGAGCACACACAGAGUUAUUUGUGUCAGGCUGUUGUUACUGUAAUUGAUCAUAUAGGGACAGUCUCUUUUAAUCUUGAGCAGACACUCUAUGACACCAUUGAAGUUUCAGAGACAGAGCUAAGGAUUGAUUCUUUGAAUCAUCGGCUUUUCUCAUGCCAGCAAUUUGCUGUUAGUUUGAGCCUCACUUCAUUUAGAUUGAGUGCUGAAUUUCUGAGGCAUUACCCAAAAUAUACAUCAAAAUAUGUAAAAAAUUGCAGCAUUCAUCAUAAUCGAGACCGGUUAGCAGUUGCGGGUAGUUUCUUGAAUGAUACUAAAAUGAAAGCCAAAGAAAGACUAGGCAAAACUGAAACCAGGCUUCCUGCAAUUCCAUUCACUGAACACUCUCCAAGACUUUCAAAACCUUUCAAUGCUUUAUAUGGAACACAAGCAAUGGAAGCAUUCAAAAUGGGACUAUGUGACCAUAAAAAGGAGAGCGUUCAAAAGAGUCCAUUUUUAUCGGUUCUUCGAAGAAAUAUACAAAAGAAAAUGAAGAACAGUGUUGCAAAAGAUGAUGUUUUGAUCCUAUGAUAGACCAUGAAAAUAGGCGGACAAUAGGGUCCAUGUGCACAGGAUGCUAUAAAGGGUCUCGGUGUGGGAGUAAAUUUGAAAUCUAAUCCUAUGUUUUUGGAUAAGGGCUCACGAUUAGACAAUCAAUUUU